AUGGUACAAGAAUUAAAACAAAGAAAUAUCCAUGUUCCAUUUGAAAUGUUUGAAAAUUUAACUUUGUUACAUUCUUAUAUACUUGCAAAGGAAAACAGCAAAGACUCACAUUCAAGUUCAAGUGGUGAUGUCGGAUUCCAUUCUUCACAACGAAAAUUCCAACUGAAAUACUCAAAUCAAAAAAGAAGUGAUAUUUAUACUAGAGGUUACCAAACAUUCCUCGGAAAACGUAGACGAGGCAGUAAAUCACAUGUGAAAACCAUAUUCAGAAAACGUUCUGGCUACGAUCACAAUGGUCAAAAGAAACGAAGUACCACAUUCGAAAGUUAUGGUGAGGCAGACAGUUUUGAUAGAAAGAAAAUACGUGAUGUGUUCGAUGUGAAUGGAUACAUUUCGGAGGGUCGGAAGCGUAGUAAACUCGGUGGAUACAUCCAAGAAGAACAACAUGCGUUUAUGUCAGGUGGACAUAAGUCGCAACUUUCUCGAAAUGAUAGGAGAUCUAGUGAGGGUGGGAGUCACUUCGUAAAUGAAAAACAUGAUCAAACAUCUAAUAAUCGUACUUUCGAAAGCAUUCAAAGGGAUUCAAACAGUACCCAAUUGCCACGUCGAAAAUGA